UUAGUACGUUUUAUUCAUUGUAAGUGCUUUUUUGAGGACGGUUGUCUACACUUGUUCCAUAAAUUUUUGUUAGUAAGAAUAUCACUCUGAAAUGGAAAGUGCGGUAAAAUUGGAAAAUUCCAAUUCUGGUCCACUGCCACAACGGCAACAAAGGGGAAACCAAGCUAAUAAAAAUAUUGGAAAACAUACCGCUCAGAAGCAAAAUGACGCCGAUGGAAGUCCUGCUGAAAAAAAGGCACGAUUUGGUGGCCCAAAUAACCAAAAUGGUGGAAUAGCUGUCAGUGGUGGUGGUAGUGCCGCAGCCGGUCCCAUUCAAAAUCAAAAUAAGAAUUUUCCUAAUAAGGGUGGAUUUACUGCGAAUCGCAACCGGAAUCGCGGAGGAAAUCAAAAUCGUCCUAAUUUUCAGGGGCAGAAUCAAAAUAAUACAAAUCUGAAAUCUUCUAAUGAAGCGUCAAAACCGGAUGCAGGAAAUGGACUCGAAAAGCAAAACAAUCCACCUCCGGCCAAUCAAAAUCAACAAAAUCAGAAUUCAAACCAAGGGCCAGGUCAAGGUCAGGGGCAGCAAGGUCAAGUCCAAGGUUUCCGAGGCCGUGGAGGAGGCGGUGCUGGUAAUAACGUUAGCGGGGGAGGCGGCGGUGGUGUUGGCUCCAAUCAAGGUGGCGGCGGAGUUGGUGGAAACCAGCUACAUCAUCAACAGCAGCAGCAGCAGCGGGAAAACAGAAAUCGUGGACAACGUUCAGGUGGCCCUGGCGGACCUAAUAACACCAUGUGCGGGCGGGAUGGAGGUGGCGGUGGUUCCCGUGGCGGAGAAGACUUCUUUAUAGCGCAAAGGUUGAGAAGCAUUGCCGGACCUACUUUGGAGCUGGCUCCUGUUGAAGUGCCUACUGAAGCGAAAUUUUCUGGCCGCAACCGUCUGUACGUUGGAAAUCUUACCGGAGACGUCACUGAUGACGAGCUCCGUGAAAUGUUCAAGCCUUUCGGCGAGAUUGGAGAAAUAUUUUCAAAUGUAGAAAAAAAUUUUACAUUCCUUAAGGUUGACUAUCAUAUAAACGCUGAGAAAGCUAAACGGGCUCUAGACGGGUCAAUGCGGAAGGGACGCCAAUUGCGCGUCCGUUUCGCUCCUAACGCUACCAUUCUGCGAGUAAGCAACCUUACUCCAUUUGUGUCGAACGAACUGCUGUACAAGUCAUUUGAGAUUUUUGGGCCUAUCGAGCGGGCUAGCAUCACAGUCGAUGACCGCGGAAAGCACCUCGGCGAGGGAAUUGUUGAGUUUGCUAAAAAGUCAUCGGCUAGUGCUUGUCUUCGUUUGUGCAACGAGAAAUGUUUCUUUUUGACUGCGUCACUCCGACCCUGCCUGGUAGAACCAAUGGAAGUUAAUGACGAUAAUGACGGGUUGCCAGAGAAGGCGUUGAACAAGAAGAUGCCGGAGUUCAACCAGGAACGCAGUGUAGGUCCCAGGUUUGCAGAUAUUAACUCGUUUGAGCAUGAGUACGGAUCGCGGUGGAAGCAGUUGCAUGAUCUCUACAAAAGUAAGCAAGAUGCUCUCAAGCGCGAGCUUAAAAUGGAAGAGGACAAGCUAGAGGCCCAGAUGGAAUAUGCGCGUUAUGAGCAAGAAACAGAGCUUUUGCGCCAAGAGCUGCGAAAACGCGAAGUGGAUAAUGAACGUAAGAAGAUGGAGUGGGAAAUGCGCGAGAAGCAAGUUGAGGACAUGCGCAAACGCGAAGAGGAAACUAUGCGCCGCCAUCAGAGUGAGAUGCAAAACCAUAUGCUGCGUCAAGAGGAGGAUAUGCGUCGUCGUCAGCAGGAAAACACCUUGUUUAUGCAAGCUCAGCAGCUAAAUUCGCUACUUGACCAACAGGAAGGAUUUGGCGGGGGCGGAAACAAUUCAAGCUUUGACAAUUUCGGGGGCAAUAGCAAUUCACCAUUUGAAGUUUUUAGAGGCAAUAACAACAAUAACUCAACCAUGGUGGGAAAUAACUCUGGACCUGGUGGUCCCAAUAAACAGGACUCCUUCGCUUUUGAAUUUGGGGUUAACAAUAUGAACCAAGGCGGAAAUCAACGUGGAAAUAAUGGCGGAGGAAAUAAUGUCCCAUGGGGACGCCGACGGUUUUAGACCCUGGAGCAAACACGCGUAUAAGGAUGAAAAGAAACGUACUUUUACGUUUUACGUUUGGUUUUAAAUCGUUCAUAAUCAAACCAUGAACGAACUCUCACAGAAGGAUUCUAAAACGAUGUGCACUCUAAUUAAUACCAAGCUUUGAUUUAAACUUUUGACAGAUAUAUCGACCGUCAAAUCUUUAUAAAAAAAAAUAAACAAUUUAAGCCGCUAAAAGGAAUAAUCUUAAAUAAUAUAUACUGAAAACAACAAUAUGCUUGAAAUGCAGUAUUGAAAAAAUAUCCCUAUCAUCUUUGAAACAUUACGUGCAUCUAUUUAAUCAUGACGAUAAUUUUAGAGAUAUGUAGUCCUAUUUUCUCAAGAAAUAUGAAUAUUUUUUUGUCAAUCAUUAAAAUUAAAUAUAUAAUGAUGUAACAAUA